AUGUCUGGGAUUAAAUAUUUGUUAGUACAAUCUAGAACAAUUAUUGAUAUCAAUAAUCAUAUAAUUAGUUCUGGAAGUUAUACAAAAUUCGUUAAUUGGCUAAAAUCAUUGGCUAUAGAACAAGAACCUUUACCUAAGGGACUUCUAUUUAUAGCUUUUGAUAAUGAACAACAAGAUAAUAAAAAAUGUACUUGUCCUAAGUGUAAUAAAAAAUUAGAUAUAUUAGCUGUCUUACAAACUAAAUCCACUAAGGAAUUAACUCAGGUUAAUAAAAAUAUACCUUCUCAAUCAGGAACUCUCAUAAUAAAAAUCUAUAAGUAUGCUCAAGAAAAAGCUUCUUAUUUAGAGUAUAUUAAUGUUGUUAUUCCAGAAAUACAUGUGCUAGAUUCAUUAGAAGUUAAUCCUAAUUUGUUAAAUAAUGUUAAAAAAGUUUUAGAACAUAUACAAAGUAUCACUGAAAUCAAUGAAGGGACAAGAAAAUGGUUACCUGUUAUUUGCGAUGGUGUUUCUUAUAAUCUAGUACAAAAGAUUAAAAACGAUUUCCUAUGGCUUAUACUGAUUUCCAAAGCUCUGCAUAAAGAAAUGAAUAUGCUUAAAAAGUAUUUACUUAGUGAACAACUAAAAAAUUUUAGUAGCUUGGCAUGUAAAAAGCGAAUAAUAUUUAUUAAUGAAGCUUUUAAAAAUAACAAGCAAAGUCUUUUACCUCAGCCAAUACCUAUAACUACACAAGAAGAAGAAGCAGCCAUGAGCGAAAAAAAUAUGAAGAAAGAUAAUCUUUUAGUACUUAUUAAUUCAUUAUUAAAUUCUAUCAAUAUCUCUGAUCAUCCAAAAUAUUGUGAGUUAAAGCAAAAGACUCAUAGCCAAUUGCUAGAGAUAUUGCAAAGUAUUAAAAAUCUGUACAAUGACCAAGAUGAACCUGAAAAUGAGAUAGAACCAGAGAAUAAAUAA